AUGCCCGUCGACGCUGAGAACCUCAACUACGCCAGCGUGGCCCUCAUUGGCACCUUCCUCAUCUCAAACAUCAUGUUCUUCUUCCCCAAGUACGGCGCCUACAAGUGGUUCACGGGCCCCGCCAAGACCGUCGACGUCGAGGACAGCGUCAUGGACAUUGGGGACGCCGCCUCCAAGGCCCUGGACUGA